AGAGAGAGCUCACGGAAGAGGUAAAAAAAGAGUGGUUACACAAAACCAAAAUGAUUGAGGCGAUACGCGUAUAGAAAAGCGAGUAACGCUCUCUCAUAAGAAACUCCGUUUGUUUUUUUCUGUUAAAAAGAAAAAGAAAAAGAAAAAGAAAAAUUUGGGUUUCGUUUCUGUUGCUUUUAGAAACAAAUUUCAUUUCCGCCUCUGCCAACUCUCUAACAGCCGCAACAAAAACCACAGCACUCUCUCUCUCUGACCAGAUCUUUUUUAUAUAAAUAAUACUCUUUCUCUCUUUUGUUAGGGUUUUUUUUUUUGUUAUUUUUAUUUUGCCCCAAGAGCUCUCGAGGAGGUGGUGAUUACAAUGGCUUUCUCGUGUAUUCUCAGAUCUACAGCCACCUCUCCUUUGAUAGAGGCUUCUCGCUCCGACCUCUCUCCUUCCCCCUCCGAUCCUCUUCAGGCUUCAAGCGUUAACUUCAAUCGUGACUUGAAAGCUUCAAAGAGCUUUUUUGGUACUUCAGUUCCAACUGCGUCAUCUUCCUUAGAGGCAUGCAGCGCAAGGAGUCUCCAGCCCAUUAAAGCAACAGUUACUGAAAUGCCCCCCACCAUCCUCAAAUCACGGAGUGACGGGAGGACAAAGAUUGGAAUCAAUGGUUUUGGUCGCAUUGGAAGGCUGGUUUUACGAAUUGCAACUUUAAGGGAUGAUGUCGAUGUGGUGGCAGUCAAUGAUCCUUUCAUUGACACUAAGUACAUGGCUUACAUGUUAAAGUAUGAUUCCACUCACGGACUUUUCAAGGGACACAUCAAGGUUGUAGAUGAGUCCACUUUGGAAAUAAAUGGGAAGCAAAUUAAAGUUUCAAGCAAAAGGGAUCCAGCAGAGAUUCCUUGGGGUGAUCAUGGGGCUGAGUACGUUGUUGAAGCUUCUGGGGUUUUCACCACAAUUGAUAAGGCUUCAGCUCACAAGAAGGGUGGUGCCAAGAAAGUGGUCAUAUCAGCUCCUUCAGCCGAUGCACCUAUGUUCGUGGUUGGGGUGAAUGAGCAGACAUACAAGCCAAACAUGGAUAUCGUUUCAAAUGCUAGUUGUACCACCAAUUGUCUUGCUCCUCUUGCUAAGGUGGUGCACGAGGAAUUUGGUAUUGUUGAAGGUUUAAUGACAACUGUUCAUGCGACUACAGCAACCCAAAAGACUGUAGAUGGUCCAUCAAUGAAGGAUUGGCGUGGGGGCCGUGGAGCUGGACAAAAUAUCAUUCCUAGUUCCACUGGUGCUGCUAAGGCUGUUGGAAAAGUUCUUCCAGAACUGAAUGGAAAACUUACUGGUAUGGCCUUCCGUGUCCCAACACCUAAUGUUUCUGUCGUGGACUUAACUUGUCGACUUGAGAAGAGUGCAUCCUAUGAAGAUGUCAAAGCAGCGAUCAAGUAUGCAUCAGAGGGGCCCCUGAAAGGCAUUCUUGGUUAUACUGAUGAGGAUGUUGUCUCCAAUGACUUUGUUGGUGACUCAAGGUCAAGCAUUUUCGAUGCCAAGGCUGGAAUAGGGUUGAGUGCUGCCUUCAUGAAGCUUGUGUCUUGGUACGACAAUGAGUGGGGAUACAGCAAUCGAGUGCUGGACCUGAUAGAGCACAUGGCAUUGGUAGCAGCACAAAACUAAAGAAAACAUGGAGAGGAUUAACACUCCAAGAAGAAAUUUUUUAUGUUAGCACACACGCUGAGUUUCAUGAAAAGUGUAGUUACAGAUUUCAUAAUGAUUCAGUUUUUGCCUGAACUGCAUUUUCUUUUUUGAUAAUGGGAAUUUGGAGUUUCCUUUCCCAUUGGAACAACUUCGGAAUAAUAUGAUAUUUGAUGUCUAUUAUGUCA